AUGGCUUCUGAAGAGCUUUCAACAUCUUUCAUCCCAGCCCUGUAUAAGCCGGCUGCUCUACUGCCUAUUGCACGGCACAAGAAGAGCCUGCUUUACUUGGUUGAGAAAUAUCCUGUCGUGAUAGUUGUGGGUCAAACUGGCAGCGGCAAAACAACUCAGCUUCCACAAUAUCUCGACCAAGCAGGCUGGUGCGAAGAUGGAAAAGCUAUCGCUGUCACCCAGCCUCGGCGAGUGGCUGCCACGACAGUUGCAACUCGGGUAGCAGAAGAGAUGCGUUGCAAAGUCGGUGAAGAGGUUGGCUACUCGAUCAGAUUUGAAGAUCUGACAUCUGCUGCAACAAGAAUUAAAUUCUUGACAGAUGGUAUGCUGCUCAGAGAGGCUUUGGUCGACCCUCUACUCUCCCGGUAUUCUGUCAUCAUGGUUGAUGAAGCACAUGAAAGAUCUCUAAGCACCGAUGUUCUCCUCGGAACCCUGAAGAAGAUCUGCAAAAAGCGCCCUGAACUCCGCAUUGUCGUGAGUAGUGCAACGCUUCAGGCAGAAGACUUUUUGAGCUUCUUCGCAGGCGAGGAGUACAAACCUGAUGCAGAGCCGGCUGACUUGGGAGGAAGUAUUGGAAGGAUCAUCAGUCUGGAAGGACGAAUGUACCCAGUUGAUAUGCUCUACCUAGAGACUUCUGCGGAAGACUAUAUCGAACGAGCAGUCAAGACUGUGUUUGACAUUCAUUCUCAAGAAGCAGAAGGCGAUGUACUUAUUUUCUUGACGGGCCGGGAAGAGAUCGACACUGCCAUUCAGUUGAUAUCCGAGAGAGCGGCUGAUCUCCAUCCGAAAGCUCAUUCAUUGCUUCCACUACCUCUUUACGCUGGACUCACAACAGAACAACAAAUGUAUGUCUUCGAGCCGACACCAGAAAACACUCGAAAGGUCAUUGUCUCGACCAAUAUCGCAGAAGCAUCGGUUACCAUUGACGGGAUCGUAUUUGUGAUCGACUGUGGCUUUGCCAAACUCAGAGCAUACAACCCAAACACCGGAAUUGAAACGUUGACGGCAGUGCCAAUAUCAAAAGCAUCGGCCACACAGCGAGCUGGACGAGCUGGAAGAACCAAGCCGGGAAAAUGCUUUCGCUUAUAUACCCAAGAAGCUUACGAGCAAUUACCCGAAGCAACGGUGCCUGAGAUCCAGAGGUCAAAUUUGGCCCCGGUCAUCAUGCAGCUCAAAGCACUGGGUAUUGAUAACAUCGUUCGGUUUGACUUCUUGACUCCUCCCCCGGCAGAACUUGUCAUAAGAGCACUCGAGCUUCUCUCGUCCCUCGGUGCGGUGGACGACUAUGCCAAACUCACGAAACCUCUCGGAACACGAAUGGCGGAACUUGCAGUCGAUCCAAUGAUGGCCAAGGUUCUCCUUGCCGCUCCAUCUUUCAACUGUCUAAGCGAGAUCCUCACAAUCGCGGCGAUGGUCAGUCUCCAGGGAACUGUGUGGGUUCAGCAUGAGGGAGAUAAGAGAUCUGCGGAGAGCAAUCGUCGCAAGUUUGCCGUUGAAGAAGGUGAUCAUUUGACAUACCUGAAUGUAUAUCAGGCAUUCGUCACCAAGGGAAAGAAGGAUUCGAAAUGGUGUCGUGACAAUCUCUUGAACUACCGGGCUCUCCUGCGAGCAGUGAGCAUUCGGGGUCAACUGAAACGAUAUCUUGAACGCUUUGGUAUCCAAACUGAUGAGACGUUGUCAGCUCGCAAUGGCGCCCUUGAUCUGAGUUCCCAACCCGAGCGAAUUCGAAGAUGUCUCACCACGGGCUAUUUCGCCCAUGCAGCGAAGAUGCAGCCUGAUGGCACUUUUAAGACUGUUAGCGGGGGUCUCACUCUUCAUGCGCACCCUAGCUCAUUGAUGUUUGUAAGUGGCCAAAUCCCGUAA